AGGAGCCGAGCGCAGGGGGUGCGGUGUCGCCGCGCUGUCAGGACGGGCGGCGGAGGUCCCUGCGCGAUGGCUUCCUCGGUGUGGUGUUGCCUGCGCUGCUGCAGAGACGGCGGGACAGGCCACAUCCCUCUAAAGGAGAUGCCGGCCGUGCAGCUGGACACGCAGCACAUGGGGACAGAUGUUGUCAUUGUAAAGAAUGGAAGAAGAAUAUGUGGAACAGGAGGCUGUCUGGCCAGUGCCCCUUUACAUCAAAACAAAAGCUACUUCGAGUUCAAAAUCCAGUCUACAGGAAUCUGGGGUGUUGGUGUUGCAACUCAGAAAGUUAACUUGAAUCAGAUCCCUCUGGGCCGGGAUACACACAGCCUGGUCAUGAGAAAUGAUGGAGCCCUGUACCACAACAAUGAAGAAAAGAACAGGCUACCUGCAAACAGCCUCCCGCAGGAGGGGGACGUGGUGGGUAUUACAUAUGACCAUGUAGAGUUAAAUGUAUAUUUGAAUGGAAAAAACAUGCACUGUCCAGCAUCAGGUAUACGAGGGACAGUAUAUCCAGUUGUUUAUGUUGAUGACAGCGCAAUUCUGGAUUGCCAAUUCAGUGAAUUUUAUCAUACUCCGCCACCUGGUUUUGAAAAAAUAUUAUUUGAACAGCAAAUCUUCUGAAUGCAUUGGUCUUUCAAGGUUGUCUUCUGCACUGUUAAAAGUGUUUACCAUUUAAUAAAGCUUUACCUGACCUAUAGAUAAAAAUAUAUUCUUAAAUAUAGGCUUGUUACUACUGUCUAAAGAACCAAUGUAUUCAGUAUUCCACCUAGAAGUUGUGAUUUAAAAUACUUAUGUUUUGUGAUGUGGAAAUCAGCAUUUGGGACAGUUUAUUUAAUUCUUAUUUAAGUAUAUAUAACCAUGGGUUUGAUUAACAGUAUUACAUGGUAUUAUGUACAUAGAUAUUUAAAAGGGAAUCUUUCUUACAGAAAAUAUGUUUUGAUAGAAGUAUAGAGUUGGGUGAGGGGGUUUGUCGUUCUAUAAUUCAGAUCUCUAUUAAUUAUUUGAAGUCCGCAGUUCAACAAACGUAUGUCUCAAUGUCCUUUUCCCACAAAAGCAUAAAAAAACGGACAGAAAUUUGUGUCAUUGGCAACUUCAUUUUUGUUGUGUUCACUGCACAAUGUGUAACUUUUCCCAAGACUUAAGUUUCUUAUUUUGCUGUGUAUGUCAUUGCUUUUGAUUGGCUUUGUGAGAGGGGGAUACACUUUUAAUAUCAUCAGAGCAUUUUUCUGUAGACCAUCGUGCUGUGUUGCUCCCAUACCAAAGUGAGUAGCGGUCGAUUAGCAAUGGAAUGUACACUGGCAGACAUUCAAGAAUAGUUAUGAUGCUUUAAACUUAGAGUACACUUUUAAGGACUUUUAUUUAAAUGUAUAUUUUCUGCAAGGAAUAAUAAGAUAAUAUUAACUAAGGAGUAUCAAUAAUGUAUUAAGUACAUUCUUGAUGUUUUGUGUACCUCUAGUAGAUUUACUUGCCCCUUGAUGAUUUUAGCAUUCGGAGGUAAGUGGGUCCUCGCUGGCCUCAGAGCCAUGGCCCAGAUGCUAACCUGGAUCGCUGAGCACAGGUAUAAGUACAGGUUUUCUCUUCCAAAGAGCACGCCAAAGACACAGUCUUUUCAGUCCUUUGGCCAGUGUGAAGACUACAGUUUGUUGUGCUAGAAGUGGAUGUGACAGUUGGAAGGAGAUCUGAAUUGUGGUCUUUCUGCUGAAAUCUCAGGUAACUCUUCAGUCGCUCCAAGCCGCAGGUCCCCCACUCAGAACAGGGUUAAUCCUAUUGCCUUGCCAAGAUUCUGUAAGAGUUAACUAUUGUAUGUGAAACACCUUCACCAUCCCAGACACUGAAUAAAUGUCAUUUUCCUGUGC